AUGGCUUCUGUUCCUCAAACGAUGGCGCUAAUAUUUGAGAAACCCCUGGUCAUUAUUGAUGACACUACCGAGAUAAUGUGGCCCGCCGAUCCUCCUGACGCACCCGAGUUCAAAGACGAAGAGGAACCGCCCAAGCAACUGGCCACACCAGUUGAUCCUCGAAGCUCUGCGCGCUUGCCUGAAAUCAGGAAGAUGUCCCUCAUGUACUACGUGGCGCCGCUAUACUCGCAUCGCCCCAACGUUGAGAUCGAUUGGGACUUGGAUGGUCCGGCAUCAGUCUGUCGUGUUGUCGGUUUUUCCUGUUAUGGCCGAGACCAAAAGCGAGUCAGCGCUCUCAAGAAGCAUCUACAACGGAAGAUGCAUGUUCAACACGAUGCAAACUUGACACAACGUCAAACACCAAGCUUGUCUUUCUCAGUUACAUCAGAAAACUCAACAAAGCGGACAGCAGUUGAUUACUUGUCGACGCCAACAUCUACCAAGAAGCCACGACUGGAACAUACUGUUGAGAGCUCAGAAUUUGUUGGUCAUGAUCUGGAAUGGAAUUGCCAUUACAGGCGAGGGAUGAAGUUUUGGAGUGGUCACUGGCAUUCAAGUUUUCAUUUUGGUUAG